ACCACAUUACUUUACAUUACAUUACAUCGACUGCCUGCAUCGCAUUGGUUAGGAGGGCUUUGCAGGAACCGCGAAGGAAAACAGACGCCAAUACUUGCAGGAAACAUUUGGGCAGAGACACUGUACGCGAGAGUUGUCGACAGUAGGCGUAUUGUUCGCUACAAUGAGUCUUUUUUGACUGACUUCAACUUUUCCGUGCUGUUGAGGUCAGGCUACCUCUUUUUGGACAUGAUGAAAAUAACGCAUGGUCAUUUCCAGUAGAAGUGCUCUCGCGUUAAUCGAAAAAGCGAAGGGAUUAUCAAAGUAUCGAAUUCAGUUAGCGUUGUGGGAGUCCAGCCUGUAUGGCCUACACGCUCGGCUCCGGGUCCGACUCCGGCCCUGCCAUAGUGCCCAAGCACUGCAUCACCAAGGUGGAGCUGUCCGUGUGCGGCGCCAGCCUGCUGGACCGGGAUGUGGCCUCCAAGUCCGACCCCUUCUGCGUGCUCUUCCACGAGGUGGAGGGCAACUGGGUGGAGCUUGGUCGGACGGAGACUGCCGUGAACAAUUUGAACCCUGUGUUUGGGGUGAAGUUCCAGGUGGACUACCGCUUCGAAGAGGUGCAGAAGCUCAAGUUCGCCAUGUUUGACGAGGACAAGUGCAGUGCUCAGCUUCACGAACACGACUUCUUGGGCGAGUUCACCUGCACUCUGGGAGUGAUUGUGUCCAAUAAAAAGCUGCAGCGGCCGCUGAUCUUAGCCAAUGGCAAGCCUGCUGGGAAGGGGGCAAUCACGAUAACUGCCCAAGAGCUCUCCGACAACAGAAUAAUAACUCUGAAUAUGUGUGGGAGAAAGUUGGACAAGAAGGACUUUUUUGGCAAGUCUGACCCCUACCUCGAGUUCCACAAGCAGGGUGAUGACGGGAAAUGGAUGCUGGUCCACAGAACAGAGGUGAUAAAGAACACCCUGGAUCCAGUCUGGAAAUCGUUUACUGUGCCCCUCAUCUCACUCUGUAAUGGCGAUGUGGACAGAAACAUUAAGGUGUUGUGCUACGACUAUGACAAUGAUGGAGGCCAUGAUUUCAUUGGAGAGUUUCAGACCACUGUCACCAAGAUGAGCGAAGCUCAGAAUUCCUUGGAGGUUGAGUUUGAAUGCAUUAAUCCCAAGAAACAGAAGAAGAAAAAGAACUACAAAAACUCUGGGAUCAUCGUUGUGAAGUCUUGCAAGAUCACAAGAGACUACACCUUCCUAGACUACAUACUGGGGGGCUGUCAGCUCAUGUUUACUGUUGGCAUCGACUUCACGGCCUCAAAUGGGAACCCGCGCGAGUCUUCCUCCCUACACUAUAUCAACCCACUGGGCAGCAACGAGUACCUGUCUGCCAUCUGGGCAGUGGGCCAAAUCAUACAGGACUACGACUCAGACAAGAUGUUUCCUGCACUGGGAUUUGGAGCCCAGCUCCCACCCGACUGGAAGGUUUCCCACGAGUUUGCCAUCAACUUCAACCCCACAAACCCGUUCUGUUCAGGUGUGGAGGGGAUUGUCCAGGCCUACUCUAACUGCCUCCCCCACAUCCGAUUCUACGGCCCCACCAACUUCGCCCCCAUCAUCAACCACGUGGCUCGCUUCGCCUCCCAGGCUCUCCAGCAAGACACGGCUGCGCAGUACUUCACGCUGCUCAUCAUUACGGAUGGAGUGAUCAGUGACAUGGACGACACACGCCACGCCGUUGUGCAGGCUGCCAAGCUGCCCAUGUCCAUCAUCAUCAUUGGGGUGGGGAACGCCGACUUCGCUGCCAUGGAGUUUCUGGACGGGGACAGCAGUGUCCUGCGCUCUUACACCGGCGAGGAGGCUGUGAGAGACAUCGUGCAGUUCGUCCCCUUCAGAGACUUCCGUGAUGCUCCGAAGGAAACUUUGGCCAAGUCUGUGUUGGCAGAAUUGCCGCAACAGGUCACACAGUAUUUCAAACAGAGGAACCUGUCGCCUAGCAACACAGUGCCGGAUGAGGCCUGAAGUUCAAUGUGCAUGUUGCCAAAAUGUAUUCACUGUUUACAUAUUAUUAUAUAAAAAAACAAGACCAACUAUGAUGAAGCGCAUGAUUUUUUAAAAAGACAAGAUAAAUGUUUUUAUUUAAUAAAUGUUUGUUGAUAAUACAUGUUUAUAAACCUUAAAUUUAAAUGAAAGCUGUUGUGUAAGUGUUAAGAAACACUAAAUGCACCCUCUGAAUUGUAAAGAAGAUAGAGGAUUUGAAUGUACCUUUAUACAGAUGUUCUAUGUUUAAAACAAACUAUUUAACACAAAUGUAUGUACCGAUCAUGUAGUGCAUAUGUAAUUUGUGAAAAUUGUAUGGUACCUUGGUCAAGGUGUAUUGAUUUUAUACCGUCUUUUAUGUUACCACUCAGGUCAAUAAAUUUUAAUUGAAAAAGAAAA